AGGCUUCACCCUGGUGACGAAUUGAAAAGCUGCUUGGGGGAGCUAUGCUCGGGCAGAAGCAUGUUCGUGCUAUCUUGUGUCGGAUCAGUCUCAUGCGCAACGAUUCGCUGUGCAAACUACUUGAAGUCGGGCUCAAGCACAACCAAUGAUAUCAAGGUUCUGAAGCAAAAGUUCGAAAUUGUGAGCCUGGUUGGCUCAAUUUGCGAUGAUGGGAUGCAUCUGCAUAUUUCAUUAGCAGACAAAGAUGGGCACGUGCUUGGAGGCCAUCUCAUGAAUGCUACCAUAUUCACCACCGCAGAAAUCCUGCUGGGAGAGCUUGAAAGUACCAAACUGUCAAGAAUUCACGAUCAGCGAACGGGCUAUCCAGAGUUGGUUGUG